GUAAAUGAGCAAUAAGUUCACGAGUGUCAAGUUACCAUUUUCCAACACCACCAUCACCGAUAAACCAGUCUUCUCCAUUUCUUUCUAAAUUCUUCUCUUCAUGAAUUAAGCCCCUCCCAAAAAAAAAAACCAUUUAAUUUUCGCCGAGAGAUGGAGAAAUUUUCGUACAACUCUUAUCCAGAUUCAACCGACUCGUCACCGAGAUCUCGUGAGAUCGAAUUCGAUAACCCGCCGCCAUGGGAUGAUCAGAACCAGAACCAGAACCAGCAGCAACAGAGCUACAAGGUGAGGUUUAUGUGUAGCUAUGGCGGCAAGAUUCAGCCACGGCCUCAUGAUAAUCAGCUUACUUAUGUUAACGGAGAAACGAAGAUCCUCUCCGUUGAUCGCGGGAUUAGAUUCCCUGUUUUAGCUUCCAAGCUCUCAGCAGUAUGCGGCGGCGGUGAUGGCGGCGGAGGAGAGGUUACGUUUAAGUAUCAGCUUCCAGGAGAAGACUUAGACGCCUUGAUCUCGGUUACGAACGAUGAUGAUCUGGAGCAUAUGAUGCACGAGUACGAUCGGUUGCUUCGUUUGUCGUCUAAGCCAGCGAGGAUGCGUUUGUUUCUCUUCCCGGCUUCUUCUGCUUCCGGUGGAUUUGGUUCUCAAAGUUCGACUCAAUCGGAUCGAGAUCGCUUCGUCGAGGCGUUAAACACUGUCCCGAGGCUAUCUGAAUCGGAGAAAUCCGUAACUGCUCCUCCAAAUAAUGCGGAUUUUUUGUUUGGAUCGGAGAAAGUUGCAGCUCCGCCGCCGCCACCACCGGCUGAGGUGAAAUUACCAGUACCGGUGGUGAUAGAACCUCCGUUAUUCAACGAUCCGCGUGUGAUUCAACCGGAUCACGUCGUAAAUCCGAUGGAGAUUCAAAGACAAAUGCAGGAAUUUCAGAGGAUGCAUAUUAGGGAUCAAGAACAACAACAACAACAGGAAGCUGUAUACAGGAGGAAGAGUAACGAAGACGGUUUAAUGGAAUCUGGAGGAUACUUUUCUCCAUCAUACGCACAAAUUCCGGCGCCACCGCCGCCGCAACCGACGAUUCCUCAAACGAAUCCACAAGCUCCUCCUCCGAUGACGACUUUCUGGCAAGGAAGCCACAAUCCAGGAGGCGUAUUUCCAACAACCACACCAGGAUUAGGAUUACCAGAGCAACCGGUAUACAUGAUGCCAUCUCCAUCUCCGGUCUACCACGCGCCACCACCGCCUCAACCGCAAGGUGUCAUAAGACCAAUAGCUACAGGACAAGUAAACCAUGGUGGCUACUAUCCUCCGGUACAGCGAAUGGCUUCAGAUACUUACAGGGAACCACCGUACCACGUGGCUCAGCCACCAAUAGGAACAAAAGCUCAACAACAACAACAACCUCCUCCUCAGCCUUUUACCUCUGGUCCUCCUCCACCGCAAUACACGGCCGUUCCACCGCCACGACAAGUAGUAGGAUUACCAGAUACAUCAGCGUAUACUCAGGUGACUUACACCGGAGGAAUGGGGAAACAAGUUUAUUACACUGAGGCUCCACCGCCGCAGUACCAUGGAGUUGGCUUACCUGUAACUGGUAUGAGUGAACUGAGAACUGGACCGGACGGGAAGCUUGUUGCCAUGAACAUGGCACCUAAAGUUUCAUCUCAGGGUUCAGAUUCGGCUGUUUGAUUAAUGAGGUAUCAUGGUUGAAUCAGAUUAUUGUUAAUCCAUUACAAGAUAUUUCAUCAUCUUUUAUAUAUAGUGUAAUUGAGAUCAUUUUGGUGUCUGAUAAAUAAUGUCUUUUUUG